UCCCUCCUUGACCCCUCCUCCUUACCCACUAUAUGUGAAAAAAAAAAUGGAAAAAAAACCUUGACCAGCCCCCUUUCCCAUUCCCAUGGAUCGUAUUACGGGAGACUCCAGCUCCGAGACAUCUGCUCUGCCACGAACAACGCAGCGCGUCCCCGCGUCUCAGACCUGCGACCGAUCCCGUCUCCCGUGGCGACCCCUCCUCCAUGUCCUCGUCCUCACACUUGUGAUCUCUCCGUUUUAUUUGUUGUUGUUAUUACUAUUAUUAUUAUUCUGUAGGGUUAACGUAGCGGUCAUGAGGACCCGCGGUGCAUGUCCCCUCCACGUUCCCCGGCUGUAAAGUUCACCCGGACAAAGCGCCUUCCCCGCGCCGUCCCUCCCGAGGUGCGUCCGAGAGGCGAGGACCGAGCGGGCGGAGCGGGCGGCCGGGCGGCCCCCCCGGUGCCAUCGAGCAGCACAUUUCUUUUUGUCCGUGCGCUCCGCAGACUGCUGGCUUUGGGCUUUUGCGGCUUCGCGUGCUCUCUCCGCUGCUGGCUACGUUUGUUGUGGGGGGAAAAGGACAACGAAGGGGCGGAUGAACAACACACACAUCUACAUGUCUGGUGUUUGAGAGCGGAUCUUUAAUCCGAUUAUUUCUUUCUUUUUGGUUUUUUUUUUUUUCUGCGAGUUUUUUUUUUUUUUGGGGGGGGGGGGGUUGUUUUUGGACACCAUGGAGUCGGUGGAGAAAGAGUGUGGAGCGCUGGGUGGAUUAUUCCAGGCCAUCGUGAACGACAUGAAGAGUUCUUACCCCGUGUGGGAAGACUUCAAUGCCAAGGCCACAAAACUGCACUCUCAACUCAGGACCACCAUUCUGGCAGCGGUGGCCUUCCUAGAUGCCUUUCAAAAGGUGGCGGACAUGGCGACCAACUCUAGAGGUGCCACCAGGGACGUCGGCUCUGCUCUGACAAGGAUGUGCAUGCGACACCGCAGCAUUGAGGCAAAAUUACGCCACUUCACCAAUGCUCUAAUGGAAGGCCUGGUUACGCCACUCCAGGACAGGAUAGAGGAAUGGAAGAAGACGGCUAAUCAGCUGGACAAAGACCAUGCCAAAGAAUACAAGCGGUCUCGCCAGGAAAUCAAAAGGAAGUCGCUAGAUACCAUAAAACUCCAGAAAAAAGCACGAAAAGGUCGGGGUAACCUGCGCCCCCAGCUGGACAGCGCCAUGCAGGACGUCAGUGACUUGUACCUGUUGAUGGAGGAGACGGAGAAGCAGGCGGUGCGCAGAGCGCUCCUGGAAGAGAGAGGGCGCUACUGCACAUUCAUUAGCCUGCUGCAGCCCGUGGUGAAUGCAGAGAUUGCCAUGCUGGGAGAGAUCACACAUUUGCAGCCAAUUGUUGACGACCUGACUUUGCUGACUGAAGACCCGCACAAGCUGCCACCAGCCAGUGAGCAGGUGAUCCGGGACCUGAAGGGCUCCGACUACAGCUGGUCCUACCAGACCCCUCCUUCCUCCCCCAGCAGCACCGGCUCCAGGAAGAGCAGCAUGUGCAGCCUCCUCCUGAUGCCCUCUGCAGGAGCCCAUCGGCUCAGCAGCGUCUCCUCCCACGACUCGGGCUUCGUAUCCCAGGACGCCAACACCCACUCGAAGCCUCCGUCGCCCAUGCCUUCUGACAUCACCAGCCAGAAAUCAACAAGCUCAGCCUCCUCUGAGGCUUCAGAAACCUGCCAGUCUGUCAGCGAGUGCAACUCUCCCACAGCGUUUGGCUCAUGCUCAUCCUUCGGUACCUUCCGCCCUGCUUUCUCUCACACUGGCACCAUCAGGCCUCUCUCUGUCAUACUUCCUGCGUCCCCCACAUUUAACCACUCCCCCGGAUCCAACACCCCCUCACCCACAUCAAAGAUUCCUAGCUGGAAGGACUGGGCCAAAUCCUGUGAGCCAUCAUUGGCCAGCACUCUGCAGCGUAGGAGGGGGUCUGUGGAUAAGAUGAGAGAGCUGGAUGCUGCGCCCAAUCCGCUGGGGUAUUCUGGGAUGCAACCAGAUGAUCCACACAGAGCGAGAAUUGUCCCAGCAACCAUUGUAGCCAAGGUGUCUCAGCAUGGUGAGCUGCUCUCUCCAGCAGCCAGCACUCUAGCUAUGGUUCUGACCAGAGGCUUGAGUAUGGAGCAGCAGAAGAGCAGCAGGGACUCUCUGCAGUACUCCAGCGGCUACAGCACCCAGAACAACACCCCCUCCUGUUCCGAGGACACCAUUCCCUCACAAGGUUCUGAUUACGAGUGCUACUCUCUCAACGGGGAUGCUGACAGCGAAGGACAGGCAGACUUUGACAAGUCCUCCACCAUCCCACGCCACAGUAACAUCGCUCAGAGCUACCGCCGCAUGAUCCAAACCAAGAGGCCUGCCAGCACAGCAGGUCUGCCUGCAGGUAAGACCCUGCUGGGCACUCCGAACGGUGCAGGCGGAAGCGGUGCUGGGGCCAUCACCUCGGGGACCGCAACCAUUCGCCGGACUCCAUCCUCCAAAACCGGAGUGAGACGCACGCCGUCCACAUCCGGCCCCAUUCCCAUCCGGCCCCCCAUUGUGCCAAUUAAGACCCCAACAGUGCCAGAUUCACCGGGUUUUGCAAGCCCGUCCCAGCAUCGUGCCGGCAGCGAGGAGUUUCUUUAUGGCGAUGAUCCAACUGCGAGUGACUACAUGAGGGCUUCUCCAAAGCGCAUGAGCCUCCCCGACGCAGCUUGGGGCUGUGGAGGAGGAGGAGGAGGAGGAGGAGGAGGAGGAGGGGUGGACAGGACCGGUUACGCCCAGCAGGCCUACGGCAUGGCCGCCCACAGUGCAGAGGAGGACCCUUUGCUUGCUGCCAACCGCCACAGCCUGGUGGAAAAGAUAGGGGAGCUGGCUGCCAGCGCCCGCGCCCUCGGAGAGGGUCACUUUCCUUUCCACAGCCUACUGCCAGGGGAUCCGGCUCAGUGUGUGCCCCCGGAGCAGUCCUCUACGACCCAGGAGGACAUGGAUAUGCUGGUGACGAUACGCCGGGGGGUGAGGCUUCGCAAGGCAGUGACUGAUGACAGGUCGGCUCCCAUGUUUAUGCGGUAGCUGUUGUAGAGGAAAGCUGUGGAGAAGCAGCUGGGGUGCCAAUAUUCACAAACUGAAGCUUUUGUAGUGAAAUGCAACAGCACUCAUGUGAUGCAUGAACGGAGGUACAAGUCAUAAAGAGGAUGUAAUGUGGUGAAUGAAGGCCAGUUCAGUGUAAUAACUGACCACGGACACUGUCGAGUCAUUUCAUGUCAUGUAUGUAUUGUGUACGUACAAAGUAAUCCAUAUUUUGUUUGUUUUUUAUUCUUCUCUUUUGUUUUGUUUUGGUCUGUGGGCUUCGUGUGUGUGCACCUCUGCUCCCCGUGUGACCAGUCGUUUCAGGCCAGUUUGUCCCCUUUUGCCCCAGUUAUGAGGACAUCACUACUGUAGGGGUUGACUGCUCUGUCUUCUUUCUUGCUCUUAUGGUUAUUAUAUUAUUGUGCAUUUGUUAAUCAACACGGAAAGUGAUGGGCGGAGUGCUCUGUGAGCCUGUCUGUAUGUUGUAUUUCUCAUCAUUACUGUACAAGUACCGUAUUACUGUUUUUGUUUGAUGAGCUGAACAGCAGCUGUGUAAUUCAUGUAAAAUAGGAGCAAUAUGGCAGUGUUUUUAUUGCUGUACUGUACUGUCAAUAUAUUCUGCAAUUAAACAGCCUUUUUACUGUUAAA